AUGAUGGAAGCCAAGGACUUCGUGAUUUCCAACAUUCGUCCCGGUGAGAUCCAAGUUGAAGUGUUCGUGGCAGGUGAUGGACUCAAUUAUCCGAAAAAGGGUCAGACGGUGGUCAUCCAUUACACGGGCUACCUUCAAGACGGCAAGAAAUUCGAUUCAUCUCGAGAUCGAGAGAAGCCUUUCAAGUUCAAACUCGGCGCUGAGCAGGUGAUUCCUGGUCUGGACGAAGGAGUCGAGAGGUUGUGCAUGAAAGAAAGAGCCAAGUUAUUCGUGCCUGCUGACAAAGCUUACGGACGCAAAGGUUUCCCAGGUCUAGUGCCACCCAACACAAAUCUCAUCUUUGACAUCGAGCUACUUACAUUUCGUUAG